CCACUGAGAAGUCAGUCCAUCCUAAACACAGAUGAAUGAGGAAGAGCCAAGGAAGUCUGUGAGGGUUAUGGUGUUUUACAAAGCUGGUUUUAGGUCUCCUGCCUGGUUAGUCUGUUUAUAACUAAAAUCAUGUCAAGCGCGGGCAUUUCUUUCUGGAUUGUCCUGUUGCUCUAUGCAGGAGUCUGCAGUGAGGAGAAUAUCGAUGGAUGCGAUAUGAACCAGUGCAUGAACGGUGGCGUGUGCGAGAACCAGGAUGGACAAUACAAAUGUCACUGUUCCCAAACGAUCUAUAAUGGACACCUCUAUGGAGGGCCGUACUGCACAGUUGUGCUGCUUGGCUGUGAACGUCACUGGUGCCAGAACGGUGCCACUUGCUAUCCGUACCUAGACAAUGGACGGCAUCGAUACAGCUGCAUCUGCCCUGAGGGUUUCACUGGAACGAAAUGCCAGACAUCCACCACCUUCUCUUUUGAAGAAAGAGGAUUCAUGCAGGUCCAAACCAACAUCACUAAUGCUUUGGACCCUUGGAAUGUCACUCUGAGUUUCCGCACGUUGCAGGCAGCAGCCGUUCUGCUCCAGUGCCAUGUUGAAGAUCAGCUUCUUAUGCUGGAGUUAGUGGAUGGAAGGCUACGGCAUUCACUGCAGAGAGCAAUGAAAGCUGAAAGUGUUCUUCUAGAGCUCCCGUUGAUCGUUUCUGAUGGCCUUUGGCACACGGUCAAGGCCUCGCUGCGCAACAACAUGCUUGGGCUGAGUCUUACAGACCCGUCUUGCCUUGAGGACACGUGUCGUAUGGAAGUACAGAUCGAUCAAGCAGAGCCCGAACUGGGUUCAGGUCUGUCUGAGUUGGCUGGGAUCCAGAAUCUCUACAUAGGUGGAAGAGGAGAGCAAGAGAGUGCUUCAGGCUUUCUGGGAUGUAUGAGGGAUGUGUGGUUGGAUUCACGUGUAGUGGUGCCCGGAUUGGGGCCGAGGACUGCCGCUAAUCAAUUUAAUGUGAAACAGGGCUGCAGUGACUGGGACCGCUGCAGGGAAAACCCAUGCCAGAACAGAGGCAGAUGUGUCAAGACUGGAUGGAGGAGCUUUAGCUGCGAAUGCCAUCGGCCUUAUGAGGGCGAGCACUGUUUAGAUGAGUAUGUGACUGCAAGGUUUGGAAGUGAAGAUCUGGAGAGCCACGCUGUGUUCACAGUAGAAGACAAUCCAGGCGACAGUAACACCGUGUCCAUGUUCGUCCGCACGCGCCGCUCACAGGGCUUGCUCCUGGUCCUCUCCAACACCACCAGUCAGUAUCUGCGUGUCUGGUUAGAGGAUGGAAAGGUCAAAGUUCAAAUCAACAACUUUGAAAGCCUGCUUGGAAGUGAAACGGUCAGCGAUGGUCACUUUCACCUCAUAACUGUGCUUGUGGAACCAGAGUCCCUGUCCCUGUUUAUGUCUGCUAAGAGCCAAGGCCGCAUCCCCAUCCGCAGUGUGCUGGUCCAGGCUGGAGAUGCGGUGUAUGUGGGAGGUUUACCGGAUCGCCGUGCAUCUCUAGCCUUCGGGGGCUACUUUAAGGGCUGCAUCCAAGAUCUCCGUAUGAACAGCAGACACCUGCAGUUCUACCCCGUCAGUGUCCCAGUGAGCUCCUACUGGCUCCAGAGCUCGACGAAAGUCACGCGCGGCUGCACUGGCGACGACUCCUGCAGUGUUUGGUCAGUGUUAGCCUCCGCAGCGACAGCCACAUAAUCACCUAUCGUGGCAAUGGAAAAAUACGGCGAUA